UGCGAGCACUCAUUCUGCGCGACUUGCAUCGUUGAAUGGAGCAAGAACAAGACAUCCUGCGCUCUAUGCCGGAAAUCUUUCUCGAUGAUUAGAAUCAUGCUUGGGGACGACGUUUUGGAAGAAGCUCACGUGCAGGCAUCCUCUCCCGAAAGUGACCGAUACUCGCAAUACUUCGACAGCAUUGCCUGCAUGCUCUGCUACCGUUCCGACCAAGAAGCACUCCUGCUGCUCUGCGAUCAUUGUAACGAUGCGUACCAUUGCGGCUGUCUAUCACCGCCUCUUCCGACCGUACCGGAAGGUACGUGGUAUUGUCCUCGAUGUUCCGAGAGGGAAGUACGCAGAAUCCAAGUCGCUGCUCUUUCCGGAUCAGGAUUAAGUGAUUAGAAUAAGAUAGUUCUUCGCUCCGACACAUGCUUGGGCUCCAAUAAAAAGACAGAAUGCACUUCCCCGUGAGCGGAUCAGUACUCGGAGACAACUUCGAAUGUAGGGCAGACCGGGCAUAUCAGGUCCCUGGAUAGAGUUGGAAGCUUGUGGAGACCGCUCGAAAUUCCUAGAAAUCCCUGCGGAGUGUCACUCCGAGCCGCGGAGAAUAUGUACGAAUAUACUGUUCAUAAUCACAUAAUCAGGCGAGGAGUAAUCCUCUCAUGGUGUCAAAGACGAUGAUAAAUGCCAGGUCUGUGUCGGUGGGUCAUCUCCCCAGUGAAGUCAUCGCUCAAGGUCAAAUCUAGGCCCUGAUAUCUGUCGUGAUUUAAGUCGUAGAUGUAAACUCGCUCUGCACUGAAGAUAUGCGAA